UUCGAUCGGUCGAUCGAUCUGCCAUGGCGUGGAGGGACAGCUACUUGGACGUGGUGUUGAUCCCUCUCAGCAUCCUCUUCCAAGCCGUGUACCACCUCUGGCUCUGGCGCGCCGUCCGCCGCUGCCCGCUCCGCUCCACCGUCGGCAUCAACGCCGCUACCCGCCGCCUCUGGAUCUUCAGCAUGAUGAAGGACAACGAGAAGAAGGCGGUGCUGGUGGUGCAGUCGGUGCGGAACGUGCUCAUGGGCUCCACGCUGGUGGCGACGACGUCCAUCCUCUUCUGCACGGGCGUCGCGGCCGUGCUGAGCAGCACCUACGCCGUGAAGAAGCCGCUCAGCGACGCCGUCUUCGGCGCGCACAGCGAGUACAUGAUGGCGCUCAAGUACGUCCUCCUCCUCGUCAUCUUCCUCCUCGCCUUCCUCUGCCACACCACCGCCAUCUUCACCCUCAACCAGGCCACCUUCCUCGUCAACGCCCUCUCGCCGGCGUCCCCGACCACUGCACUCCGCCUCCCAGCGGUCAGCAGGAACUACGUCGCCAAGGUCCUGGAGCGGGGCUUCCUGUUGAACCUCGCCGGGAACAGGCUGUUUUUCGCCGGCGCGCCCCUCCUGCUCUGGAUCUUCGGCCCGGUCCUGCCGUUCCUCUGCUCCAUGGCCAUGCUCCCGAUACUUUACAACAUCGACAUGGUCGAGUACGCCGAGAAAGGGAGCAGCAAUGGCGAGGCCAAUGGGAAGGUGGAUAUGGAUACUGAGAGCGAUCAGAGCAUGGAAGCUUGAUCUGAAUCUGAUGACGCGAGACAGACAGCAAUUCAAGCAAGACGCAUCAGCAAGGGAUCGGAGGUGCUUUGAACCGAAGCCCAUCCAUAUGCAACAGGUUGUUGGCAAUGCAUCUGGCAACUAACUGGUGGUGCUCUAGGCUCUAGCAACUGACGAGUGGUGGGUUGGUGAAGGUGUUUUUAUCGCUGAGGAAACUUCGUGUCACAUUGAGGAUUUUAGAAGGCAUGGAGGACGGCUCCAGUUGCACCAUUACAGCAUUGCUCAGUUGGUAGUGCGUACAAAUUGUAUGGCUCUGGCAUAUUCGGAUGUUCCAUCCACUCCUCCGUAUUACAAUAAGACGUUUUAUUCUUAAUUUCUUCGAGUUUAUCUU